AUGGAGUACGAAUUCCUCGGGUGGAAAGACUCCCAAAUACGAUUUACUAAAAUUGGGAGAGGUCUUGGGUAUGAGGUUGACAUUUCUCAAGUUAAGCAACGUUUGGAAAUUAGGUGUAAAAAUCCUGAGGGUGGACUGGAGCUUGUUACAUCGGAUGCUACAGUGGUUGAAAUGGUUGGUCACAUACCAUCCAAUAAGGUUAUUGUGUUAUACUAUAGUGAGAUUGAAGACCAUGAGUAUGAUGCAGAUGUAGAGAAUUGUGAUGGGGAUUUGACUCAGAAUUACCAAGUAAACGAGGUGGAUUAUAUUGAAGUUGAAGAUGAGGAGACUUUUGAGAAUGUUGGGACAAAAGUGGCAAAUGAAGAUGCUGUCAAAGAGGUACCAAAUGAAGAUGCAGGGGCAGAGUUACCAAAUGAAGAUAUAGGGGCACAUUUCACUAUUGAUAAUGAAGGGGCAGAAUUGCCAAAUGAAGAUAUAGGGUCACAUGUGACAAUUGAUAAUGAAGGGGCAGAAUUGCCAAAUGAAGAUGAAGAUGCAGAUUUAGAAAUUAAAGACAGUGAUUAUGAGUUCAGUGAAAAUGAGGCAGAGGAUAGGCCAACUGUUAGAGAGAAUGUAGUAGAUGAGGGGACUAGUCAUGGUGCUCCAGGAGAGGUGUCAUCAGAUGGUGCUGACACGUCAGAAUUUGACAAUGGAAGUGAGACUGAUUCUGAGGGUAAUGGUAGAAAAAAGAUAAAACUGCCAAAGUUUAAGCAGUAUAGAAGAGAUGUGGAUUUGAAAAGGGACUUGUACCUGCCAUUGAGAGACAAACAAAAGGGACUUGUACCUGCCAUUGAGAGAGUACUUCCAACUGCAGAGCACAGGAUGUGUGUGAGACACCUGUACAGUAACUUUAGGGCAUCACAUAUUGGUCUUGCUCUGAAACAUAUAUUAUGGGCUGCAGCAAGAGCUACAACUGUGCCUUGGUGGGAGGCAGAAAUGGAGAAGAUGAAAAAUGAGGAUGAGGAAGCAUGGAAGUGGUUGAAGAAGAGACCUGCAAGAAAUUGGAGCAGAUCUCACUUUGGAUCACAUUUUAAAUGUGAUCUUUUGUUGAAUAAUCCAUGUGAAAGUUUCAAUGCAACCAUACUAGAUGCAAGGGAUAAGACAAUUUUGAGUUGCUUGGAGAGGAUAAAGGUGUAUGUGAUGCUUAGGAUGGCUAGUAGAAGGUCUGCAUGUCAAAAUUGGAGAUACUCUGUUGGGCCUAGGAUCUUCAAGAUAAUUGAGAAAAACAAGCUAGGUUCAUCACAAUGCAUUCCUAGAUUGGCUGGUGAGAAAUUGUAUCAAGUGAGCCACAUUUAUGGUGGAGAAUUUGUUGUAGACCUUAAAGCAAAGACAUGCUCUUGUGGGAGGUGGAAUUUAUGUGGAAUACCAUGUCCCCAUGCAAUCUCAGCAAUAUUUCAAAGAUGUGAAAACCCAAUUGCUUAUGUGGAUGAUUGUUAUAAGGUGGAGACUUAUAUGAAGGCUUAUGAACCAGUGAUUCACCCAAUCCCUUCAAUGGACCAAUGGACAACAACGGGUAGGCCUAAAAGAGUUAGAACAAAGGAGCCUGGUGAGGUUGAAAUACCAGCCCCCAUCCCACCAAACCCUAUGCCUCCAAAUUAUAUUGCCCCACCAGUCAAGCUUAGAAGGGUUUUCAUUGAAAUAAGAUGUCGUGGAUGCAGUCAAAAAGGCCAUAAUAUAGCAACAUGUGACAGACAAAACAAUGAAACCCAACAGGUUCAUGCAUCUUCAACCCAAAUGGAGCAAGGUUCUUCUUCUAACACAGUAAAAGGGAGAGGCAUAAGUAGAGGAAGAGGAAAUGUUGCUCAAGCUACUGCUGAUCCUAAUUCUCUACAAAGUAUGGCAAGAGGUAAUAGAGAAGGAGGCAGAGGCAUAAGUAGAGGAAGAGGCAAUGUUGCUCAAGCCCCUGUUUACCCAAAUUCACAAGAAAGUGUGACAAGAGGUAAUGGACAAGGAGUCUUACCAUCUUCACAUAUUGGCUUAGGAAGAGGUCUAUCAUCUUCAAAACUAAGUGCAAUUAGAGGAAGAGGCUUACCAUCUUCACGAUCAAGUAUAGGUGGCAAGAGGAAGGGGACAAGGAGGACCAGCUUUGGACAACAUUUCCCAUGA